AUGGAACUCCUCACUCUCGUCUUACAACAUCCUUUCCUCGCCAUCGCCGCCGUCUUGGUCGGGUUAUACGCCUACGCCCUGGUCACCGGCUCGUCCAAACCUGCCGUACCCGGUGAAUUACCGUGGGUGGGCAAGAAGGACGGACAAUGGUUUUCCCUCACCCGAGCGACCUGGAUGAGCGUCGGCAAGGCCAGGCAAUGGCUGCACGAGGGAUAUACCAAGUUCGGCCGAAAUGGAAAGUCAUAUCUCUUCCCCGAUGUCUCGGGUCGACAUGAGAUUGUCCUUCCUCCCGACCAGCUGCGCUGGCUCACCAAUCUGCCGGACUCCACCACGUGUGUGAGAGCCGCGCAUUAUGACAUCCUGCAGGGCGACUACGCCUUUACUGAUAAGUAUCUCUUGGAAUCCCGAGUCAUCCACAAGAACCUCGCUCGAAAAGUCGACGCCACCAUCCCGGCCAUGUGGGACGAAAUCGACGCCUCUUUCCGUGACAUCUGGGGGACCGACACCACCCAAUUCAAGGACAUUCCCCUCUGGGACAGCGUCAUGGCCGUUAUUGCUCGCCUCUCCAACCGUCUCUUCGUCGGCCUCCCCCUCUGUCGGGACAAAGACUUCCUCGCCGUCUCGGGCUCCUUUGCCAUGGACGUCAUCACCUUGGUCUCUCUCCUCCCUCUGUUUCCCAAAUUCCUACAACCCAUCCUCGGCCGUCUCGGCUCCCUGCCAGGCCACUACCACUACUGGCGCACCCGCAAACACACCCUCCCCAUCAUCCGCCAACGCCUCGCCGACAUCACCGCCCUCGCCGCCGACCCGACCACCAAACUCGACCGUCCCAUUCCGGAAGACUACAUCACUUGGCACAUCCGCACCGCCAUGGCCGACAACCGCCCCAAGGACCUCGACCCAGUCAUGAUCUCCCGCUUCCUCCUCCCCAUCGAAUUCGCCGCCAUCCACACCACCGCCCUCACCCUCACCAACAUCCUCUUCGACCUCUACUCCUCCGACCCCUCCCAAAACUACAUCGCCUCCCUCCGCGAAGAAGCCACUCGCCUGCACGCCGAAUGCAACGGCAACUGGACCAAACAGAUCCUCACCCGCAUGCUCCGAACCGACUCUGCCAUCCGCGAAUCCAUGCGCAUCUCCAACUUCGCCACCCGCGCCGUGUUGCGCAAAGUCAUCUCCCCCGCGGGUCUCACCCACCCCACCGAAAACUGGCACACUCCCGAAGGCAGCUACGUCUCCGUCGACCAGCACUCCGUCCACCACGAUCCCGCCGUCUACCCUUCCCCCGAAAUCUACGACGCCUUCCGCUUCUCCCGUCCCCGCGAGGAAUUCGAAGCCAAACACGCGGGAUCCGAUGCCAAAACUCUCGCCCAGGACCCCGAGUACCUCGCCAUGCGCAACUUGAGCAUGACGACGACGGGCGAGAAUUUCCUCGCAUUCGGACAUGGACGACAUGCGUGUCCGGGGAGGUUCUUCGUGCAGCACGAGUUGAAGAUGGUGGUGGCGUAUGUGGUGAUGAAUUAUGAGGUCGAGGUACUGCCCGAACGGCCGAAGAGUAUGUGGUUGGGGACGAGUAUUACUCCGGAUGCGAAAAAGGCGUUGCGGGUGAGGAGGAGGGAGGGGACGGUUUGA